CUUACACGACCAAGUCCGAGACGAACUCCUGACUUUCCCAGCAUUCGCAACUCCUUAGGUCUGAGCCAUCCAGACUCCUGUCUGAUGGUUGAGGCUACCGCGGUCGUUAUCGCAGCUUGGUGGAAGCGUACAGGCGGCGCUUCCCGCUGUGGGUACCGACCUCACCUACGACACAGAGAUGUAGCUUGGAGGCCUUUGAGAUAUCAGUCAACGGCGGGCUUGUGCACUCCAAGGAAAAGGGCAUGCAGUUCCCUUACGCCCCUGAGAGCUGGAGCGGAUGUACAUGAAGAUUAGCAGUAACGCACUGAGAGAUGCGGCGCAACAAGUAGCACCCCGGCACGGUGGGGUGGGGGUGGGAAGGCCCAUGCCGUGCAAUGCCGCAGGCGCAGCGCGGCGGUAGGCGGGCGCGCGGGCAGCCUACAUGCAUGAGGGCUAGCAUGUUUGGCGGACCGCCGGGGGGCGCAUGAUGAGCACAGGGCGACGGGGCCUUGGCUCGCCCCGGAUGACGUACACACACGGUCACGACAGCGGCGGACGGCCAAAACCUCUGCCGACUCACAUGCAGCGGGCUGUCAGCCCAGGUCGAAGUUCUGGCGGCUAGCGGAUGAACAGGUCAAGGAAUUGAAGGCGUGGCGUAAUGAGGUGACUCGGGUGUUGGCAUGUAGAUAGGUGGCUUGGCAUGGAAAAUAAGUAUGAGUCAUACACGCACGUUCACGAUGUGGAUUUCGCACGGGUGUCCGGAGCAUUGGACAUCAAGUGGCUUGCAUCACGCGAACGCGGAGGUGUAUGCAAACUGAAUUGCAUGCAUGCACAUUGAAACAGCAUCGGUGCUACGAGCAGUGCUGUAUGUGUGUGGGUAAGCACAAUCAGCCCCCACAACGCAGACACUUGCUUCGGGUCUGCACCAGCCAGCAUGGGGCGGGGUAAUGCAUACCGUGUGGCGAUAAAGCUUCCGCGCUCGUCGUCUGGAACUGACGGCAUCACAUGGAAAUCAUGGAUACAAAUGAGUGGUAUGUCUGACGGCUACCUCAGUGAACCGUAAAGCAGUGUCGCGUGGCAUGUUAACGUGUUCGGGUUGGCCCUGUGUGUUCCGGGGGUCAGUGCUUGUGUGCAUGGCGGGGAGGCCAUUCAGCGCCUUGCUGUGUGGAGUGCGAUGUGUAGGGCAGGGGGACGCGCACGUGUGGUUGCCGGCCGCUGCGUGGCUUUACCCCACCAGCAGGCACGGCCAGAAAUAAAGAGGAAGGGCAACCAGCCACCACAGCAAUGUGGGCAUGUAUGUGCGGAUGGUGCCGUGCUCCUUGAUGAUGCGACCGGGUUGUGCGCAGGUGCCGCAUGUUGCAUGUGCGUGGCGACACACAUUAGGAGACAAAAGGCUGCCUGGGUCAUCAAGUAACCAGCGUCUCGCUCUCACGUGUAAACAAGCCAAUCGCCU